GAGCGCAUAAAAUAUUGAAAAAGAUGAACGCGAUGGAUAACAAUCAUAAAGACAGCGAAAAAAUGAACAGAAUUACAGAAUUGUUGAAAUGAGUCUUUUUUAGCUCAUUAACUAUUAGCUAUUUAUUGUAUUAUUUAGUUAAAAUUUUCCUUUAAUUCGUGAACGUUCAAUGACAGUGCCUACUAUCUGUAUGAAUUCACAGUACGCGAAAGUAACGACAACGUCUAGACGCUCGUCUUUGACAACAGUCGGACAUUGGAAACAACAGCAGCAGCAGGUUCAGCAGCAACAACAGUUGGUCAAUAAUAUUUUGGUACAGCCUAUAACAGUACAAACAGCAAUCGUGGUUCAACCGCGUAAGGUAAGGGCGCAGGAAGCCAGUACCAGUGGCUUCGUUGGCGCAGAAAAACUCAAUCAUCCUAAUAUUGCUACGGUACACAUGACGCCCACUAACACAGAUACGCCAUUGCGGCGUUCGGAAGUGGGCAUAUACCGUGAAGGAGCGCGUAAUGUCAACACAAAUCUGUUGGCUACACCUUUAAACGAUGAUGAUGAGGAACGACGACAGGCGCGUCGGCGCACUAUGUUACAAAGUGGCAGCGGACGCGAGUCCAUGUUCGAGGAUAAUGAGACUUUGAAGAAAUGUUUGGAAAUUUAUAACGGGAACAAACUUAGUAAGGAUAAUGCGUGGUCAUUGUCCUUAAUUGAUACGUUAUCUACGCUACUGGAUCGUCAUCACAAGUCGUUAAAUAACUUUAAGGUGGCUGGCUCUUCAUUAGAAGCUUCGUCCAAAGUUUAUGGACUUCGUGUCGACUCUGUACACACGGACGUGUUACGUAUGUCUGCAGGUCUAAAUGCUCAAAAGUUUGCUGAUCGUCAGGCACAAAGUGAUGAUGAUGACGACGUGGCAACGGGUGGUGAAGGCAAUGCAGAUCCUAAUGCCUCCGCCGCCGUUGUGAAUAAAAAUGGUGAAAAAGUUGCUGAAAAAGCCAAAACCAAGCCAAAACGUACGCGCCGUGUUGUGUCAACAAUCACAAAAAAUAAGGACACAUUAAAUGCACGUUUAGAUACAGUGCCGUUACAGGAUCCAGUGUUUGGCAAACUCAAUACAAUCGUUGGUUCAAUAAAUUCCUCAAAUCGACUAAUGAAUAAUAUUUUAUUGACUGCUGAAUCUGAGCUACGAUUACGGACAACAUUUCGCUUUUGGGAUGCACAACAGCUGGAGGCCGGUUGUGAUUAUACAGAUGCGCCUGCACCUGGAAAUACGCCAGCGGACACACCAAUGGAUGCAAUGAAUUUGGCACCUUGUGAUCGCUUAGUGCAAAUAAAAAAAAUUGAUGAGUUGCAACUACGACCGCUGCACACUGGUUAUGUGAUCUCCGAUACACCUGAGGCUAUACCAGACAAUAAUGAUAACUCGGAAAGUCUACGCGGUAGUUUAGAUGUACCAUUUGAAGAUGCGCCAUUUGAUGGUGGUAAUUGUGAUGAUGGUGGUGGGGAGCAUAUGUCCAUGGCAUUUGAUAUUAACGCGGAAUGUGAGCCACUACCAUCAUUAAAUGAUCAACCUGCUAUGCUGGAUGUGGACUAUAAUGAUUUUGAGGAGUUGACUACAGAGGAGCGCACAGCUAUAAAUAAUUGUCGUGGCUUGCGCAAAGCACCAGUUUUGCUGGAAGACUUACGUCCGGUUGAUGCAACCUCAAAACUCGAAUAUUCAUAUCGACCACUAGAUAAAAUAUCACAAUUUUGGGCCGGUCCAUCACAUUGGAAAUUUAAACGUGCGCGACCGCGCCCGUCUACGGCGCCGACAUUACAGGGUGUGAAUAAUCAACGGGCUCCAGCACGUCGUGGUCAUGCGCUAAGUAAGAAGCGUUCAAAGCAAUUGAAAUUCGAGCAGGAAUUCGACGAUAUUUUCAUUAAAAUAGAGAAGUACAAAGCACGUAAAGCGAAUUAUCACAAGAAAUGGGAUCAACGCAAGCUCAAAUUACCAACCGAUUUGCAAUUAAAUUCGGAAAUGUUUAAUAAAUUUAAGUGUGCGCCGAGCGCUGUAGUGCAACCCGUUGUUGAGGACGAUGACAUUGAGUUGGCCGGUGGCGAUGGCAUACAUGGUAAUGAUCAUGUGAGCGCAGCUGAUGAUCAUUUUGGCGAUCACGAUGAUGGCGCUUGUGCCGAUCUGGGUGGUGGUGAUGUGGGUGGUUUGAAUAGCAUGGGUGGAAAUGUUAGCAUGGUUGGUGACAAUAUGGGCAACGCUUCGCAGAAUGUUUUCGGCGACAAUGGUGAACUGGAGCCGCCACCCUUAGAUGGUAUCGGUGACGAUAAUCCUGCCAACAAUACAGUAUUGGAGAUUGCAACGAGCUUUGAUGGUGCGCCAAGUCAGGUCACCAAAAUCAUAGUGCCCUUUGCGAAGCGUGCCAAAGUUAUCGAUAUGAAAAAUUUAAAACGUUGCUGCACACAAUUGAUAAAUAAGCAAAUCAAAGAACCAACGCCGCCGGAACAAAUACCGCAACAUCCAAUUAUACAGGAGGAACACUUUGCAGCCGGCAUGGCCAGUUUCAAAGAUGUAUACGAACACCUGCCCGACGUUUUGUCCCAGAAUAUGGUGGAAGCGCUUUCGCCCUCUAUUGCUUUCUACUCAGUGUUGCAUUUAGCGAAUGAUUUCAAUUUACGUCUGAUACCACAACAAAAUUUGGAAGAUUUCAAAAUACGACAAUUAAUGGAUUGAUAACUGUUUAUGCUUAGAAUUGGUUGUUGUUGAUGUUCAUAAGAAUUUCGGUAUAAUGACGAUGACGAUAAAUUGACUGUGCUGUCCCGUGACCAGUUAAAGCAAUUUCAAACGCCCACCUUAACAAAAAA